AUGUCGAAGAAUAUAAAAACGCCUACAAAUCAAAAACUGCUCACAAACGUGGCAGUAGUGCGUAUGAAGAAAAUGGGUAAGCGUUUCGAAAUCGCUUGCUAUAAGAACAAAGUUGUCAACUGGAGAAACAAAACAGAGAAGAAUAUUGAUGAAGUACUUCAAACUCAUACCGCUAUUCACAAGAUGUUCCAAGGACAAGUGCACAGAAAGAGCGAGUUUUGGCAGCAGCGUUUGGCACUGGAGGAUCAGCGUCAGAGAUUUGUAAAAUUCCAUUGUCUAAUGACAAUGAUAUUCCAGAUUCUGGAAAAAGGUGAUUUGCAAGUAUCUGACAAGGAACGCCAAGCGCAGACCGAUCAAACAAUACAAGAGGUAUCACAGCUGAUCGCUGAAAUGGUAGUGAAUCCAGAUACGAAACGUCCAAUACCCACAUCCGUGAUCGACAAAGCCCUUCAUGAACUUCAUUUUUCAUUGAAGCCUAACAGAAGCGCAAAACAACAGGUGAAUUUUGUUCUGUUUCAGAGAGUGCUCGUCAGAAUUUUCUGUAUUUUUCAACUGUUUAGGCGUUGGAGGCGAUACCCUAAACUCCGUGAAGCCAUUCGUCUAGAGCGUGCAAAGAUGAGAAUUCGCAUAGCAAUGCCAUCGCAUGAGGCUAAAAUCACGCAUUCACGUCUGAAGGCCCUUUUCUCGGAUUUGGAACUAGAAGAUUGGGCCGAGGGAGGACUCGAAAUGGUUGGUCUUAUUGAACCGGGCAGCUUUCGAGCGACAGACGAGCUGGUCCGUAACGAGAGCAAAGGCCAUGGGAGACUGGAAAUCCUCAGCUUGAAGGAAGUGCGUGAGGGAGAGGUGGAGAUUUCUUAA